UCGGCGCUGCCUGAGCCGUGGUGCGGGCUGCGCGGGGCGUCGGUUCCGCGGAAGCCUGGGUAGGGCGCUGCGUGCGGGACUCUCGUCGCUCGUGGACGGGGCGCGAGCGUGCGGCGGACGUAGGGCGCCGACCUGGGGCUCCCCGGCGCUCCGGCUCCGCUCAGGGCGCCCGCUCAGGGGCCUCCGGCGCGAGGCCCCCUUUCUGGUCAAGAUGGCGGCGCCCAGGCGGGCCGCGCCGAGGUGAGCUGGAGCUGGGCCCGGAGAGCGACGAGUCUGCCACGCCCAGGACUUGGACCCCGGGCUGGUCUCCAGUCUCCCGGGGAGCGGCGGGUUAAUUAUCGGAGAAGGUAUUGUGCCAGCACACUUGAUGCUACAGUAUUUCAUGCUUGACAGCUGUUGAUUCCUUCUCUUGUUCUGGAUGGAAGAUAGCAACGAAGCCACUUCAAAGGGCUCAGCCUGCCUUUUUGUGUUAUUGUUUAGAUGAAGAUAUUUCCAUUUAUUAAAGCACACUAUUUAAACAUUUUUAUCAUGUUUCAAACUUGACUGUGUUCUGAAGGUAUGAGCACAGGCAGACAUAAUGGGGGAUGUUUUCCAGGAGAGAACAUGGACCAUACCCUUAUCAAAGGAAUUAUCAGAAUUUUCAUGUAUGGAUUGAGAAUCAAAUUCUGGAGUUAGACCUGAAUUUAAAUUCAUACUCACAACUUAUUACCAGUCUCAUCUUGAUCAAACGGUUACCACACUUCUCAUCAAUUUCCUUAUCUUUGAAAGCGGAAUAAGAGAAGUAUGCCUGGUGGAGUUACACAUAAAGCUCAUCUGAUAGAAUAUUCAUAAGGAUUUUGCACAAAAUAUACAUGGAAAUAUUUUAGCACCGAGUUCAGCAUGCAAUUCAUCUUCAAUACAUUUAAGAGCUAUUAUUUUAUUAUUAUUAUGCUAUCAUUAAAUAUCACUAUUACUUAAAUGUCAUUAUUGCUUAAAUUGCUGUAAAACUACCGCAAUAACCCAUGAUGAAUUCCCCUCUUCUGUUUCCUUUGUUUAAAUGGAAAAUAUGUAUAUAAAUCUAGACAGAGAACACUUUAGUGAUCCUAUUCAGUGGAGUGAGAAUUUCCAUGGCACUGAUUAAAACAAAUCCUGAAUUGCAUGGACUUAAGAUAGCAGAGAGGGGCUUCCCUGGUGGCGCAGUGGUUGAGAGUUCGUGACCCGAUCCGGGAAGAUCCCACGUGCUGCGGAGCGGCUGGGCCUGUGAGCCAUGGCUGCUGAGCCUGCGUGUCCGGAGGCUGUGCGCCGCAACGGGAGAGGCUGCAACAGUGAGAGGCCCGCGUACCGCAAAGAAGAAGAAAACGAUAGCAGAGAGGCUAAGAGAUUUGAAGUUAGACAUCCCCAAGUGUGAAUUCUACUGUGACCCUCUUCUAGCUCUAGAACCUUGAGGAAGUUACUUAAACUUUCUGAGCUUUACUACUAGUUUCCUCAUCUGUAUCUUUUUCAGGACUAUUUAUCAAGGAUCUUCCUGUUCUCUAUGCUUGGACGUAUCAAUGAAUAAAUUAGACAAGAGCCUUUGCCUGCGUGCUCCUUCUUGUGUGCUUUCUCCCUCCUUACACUCUCGUGUGGAAACGGAUGUUAUAAAUAAAUUCUGUGCUUUGUCACAAGUUGAUGGGCGCUACGGGAUAAGGAAAAGGAUGUGAAGCUCACUGAAGAGGCUUGGGUUGGGAGUGCUGGAGGAGUGUACAGGUGGGGAAAAUGUACCAGCGUGUAUGCCUACUGGGACCACGUUUUCCAGAACAGUUAAGCCCAGUGUCAACUAUGCUGUCCCACCUUCCUCGCUGCAGGUUCGUAGUUCCUGCUGUUUUUGGUGUCUGCCCCCAAUGGCUAAGGAGAAUCUUGGUACCAGGACCACACAAUGAAGAACUUGGAGCCCCCGUGGCUAAUCCAGCAGAGAGAAAAGGAGGAACAGAGAUGCGAGAGAAAAUAAAGGGAACUCUUGGUGCAAUUUGGUGCUGCUGUAGGCCCAAGUCCAGAACUGAUUUUUCAAAAAUCACUGGAUUUAUUGAAAGACAUGUGAAUAGGAGCUGGGUUCCAAGAAAUCUCUGCAGGUUUCUUCAACUUCUCUCGUCUCUGAGCUUCUGCAACCAACACGUCUGCUUGAACCCAUCAGCUGUGAAACACAGACAAGAACUAUGGAGGAGGGACCUUCCUGGUGGCACAGUGGUUAAGAAUCCGCCAGCCAAUGCAGGGUACACGGGUUUGAGCCCUGUUCCGGAAAGAUCCCACAUGCCGCGGAGCAACUAAGCCCGUGUGCCACAACUACUGAGCCUGCAUUCUAGAGCCCGUGAGCGACAGCUACUGAGCCCUCAUGCCUCAACUCCUGAAGCCCGUGUGCCUAGAGUCUGUGCUCCACAACAAGAGAAGCCACUGCAAUGAGAAGCCCGCUCAUCACAAUGAAGAGCAGCCCCCACUCGCCGCAUCUAGAGAAAGCCUGCACACAGCAACAAAGACUGGACACGGCCAAAAAUUUUUAAAAAUUAAUUAAAAAAAUGAUUCUGGUUCAAAAGAAAAAUGCAUAUACAAAGCUUAAAAAGAAAAUGAUGAAGGAGCUGUUUUCCAAACCUCAUGCACAGAGAAGAGAAUCUGUAUGAAGCAAGGGAUGGAUGGGAGGUGUCUUGCUUACAUCUCUAUUCAAGGAAGACUUCUGCAGGAAGGAUAGCUGGUUGACAGCCUCCAGCUGCCCCAAGAUUGGCCAAUGUGUUCUUGCCAGACUGCUUCCCCAGUGACUAAGCACUAUGACGUACUAGAAUCACUAUAUUCCUGCCCACCCCUAGAUUCCUAGAAUCCCUGUAAUGGUAGACUUUGCUUAGGGAGUCUGAUUACCUAGUCAGUUAGCUAGCAUCCUCUCUCUCUCUCUUUCAGAUAUAUAUAUAAUCUCUAUUGGGAUCAUGGGUAAAUUUUUGUUUCUUUCACCCUGCUUUGCUUAUGUGUAUAUUUUUUUUUUCUGCAAAUACAUGUGCUACUUCAAGGACUUACAAUAUUGUUGGAAAUCAUCAAGAAUAACACAUUUUGUGAUCUGUUUGAAAGGAAUAAAUGAUUUCACCCACCUA